AUGAACACCAUCGUCUUCAGCAAGCUCAGCGGCCAGGUGCUUUUCGAAGAGGACGCCAAGGAGAGGGAGCGGACCGGCCGGCCCUACGUGGGGGUGGUGGAGGGCCCACACCACGCCGAGGUGCUGCUUCCCGACAGCCCGUCCAUCAAGGAGAGCCUCAGCCUGCGCAACCGGCGGACGGGGGCGCGGCAGAGCGGCGGCAAGGUGCGGCACAAGCGGCAGGCGCUGCAGGACAUGGCGCGGCCGCUCAAGCAGUGGCUCUACAAGCACCGCGACAACCCAUACCCCACCAAGACGGAGAAGAUUCUGCUGGCCCUCGGCUCCCAGAUGACCCUGGUGCAGGUAUCAAACUGGUUUGCCAAUGCAAGACGCCGCCUGAAGAACACUGUCAGGCAACCAGACCUUAGCUGGGCUUUACGAAUAAAGCUGUACAACAAAUAUGUUCAGGGAAAUGCUGAGCGACUCAGCGUGAGCAGCGAUGACUCAUGCUCUGAAGAUGGAGAAAAUCCUCCGAGAAAUCAUAUGAAUGAAGGGGGAUAUAACAAACCAGUUCAUCACACUGUGAUUAAAACUGAAAGUUCAGUAAUAAAAACAGGAGUGAGACCAGAAGCAAGUGCCAAUGAGGAUUAUGUGUCACCCCCCAAAUACAAAAGCAGUUUACUGAAUCGUUAUCUAAAUGACUCGUUGAGACAUGUCAUGGCUACUAAUGCAGCUAUGAUGGAAAAAACAAGGCAAAGGAAUCAUUCUGGUUCAUUUAGUUCCAAUGAAUUUGAGGAAGAACUGGUGUCUCCAUCAUCAUCAGAGACAGAAGGCAAUUUUGUCUAUCGGACAGAAAAUCUGGAGAAUGGACCAAAUAAGUGUGAAAGCGCAGCUAACAGAAAGGGACCCAGCAAAGAUGAGACGUACUGGAAGGAGAUCAACGCAGCUAUGGCCCUAACAAACCUUGCCCAGGGGAAGGAUAAACUGCAGGGAACCACCAGCUGCAUCAUUCAGAAAUCAUCACAUAUAUCAGAAGUAAAGACUGUUAAAGUGCCAUUAGUUCAGCAGUUUUAA